ACGAGUUGAAGCACCACCUCUGGUAGAGACGCAUCUGUGCGCCUGUCUGCCUGUUGGACAGUCGGGACGGGAUGCGGGACCGAGCUGCGGAGCUGCGGAUCUUUUUCUCAAGGGCUAAACGGAGCACCGUUUCGGCCGGUGUGAGACCCCGAUGAGCGCCGAGAGGACAGGAUGCCCGCCAGCGGCGCCGACUCGCUGAAGCCCAGCGCCUUCAUCCCGGUGUGCACGGCCGCCUGCCUCCUGGUCGGCUCCACGUCCAUGUUCUUCGUCUUUACAUGCCCGUGGCUGGCCGUGACCAUCUGCCCCGCUGUCCCACCAUGCUGUGCUGUUCUUUUUCUUUUCGUGCUCGCCAACUUCACCAUGGCCACCUUCAUGGAUGCCGGGGUUCUCCCCGUGGCCGGCGAGGACGAAGACAAGGAGGACGAGUUCCGCGCUCCGUUGUACAAGAACGUGGAGGUGAAGGGCGUCCAGGUGAGGAUGAAGUGGUGCGCGUCGUGCCACUUCUACAGACCCCCCCGCUGCUCCCACUGCAGCGUCUGUGAUCGCUGCGUGGAGGAUUUUGACCAUCACUGUCCGUGGGUGAACAACUGCAUCGGGAGACGAAACUAUCGCUACUUCUUCCUGUUCCUCUUGUCUCUCACCGUUCACAUGGUCGCUGUCUUCACCUUCGGCCUCAUAUACGUCCUGCAUCACAUGGAUGACCUGUGGAAGCUGCACUGCCUCGUCACUUUGGUGGUGAUCAGUAUAUCAGGCUUGUUUCUGAUACCGGUCCUGGGGCUCACUGGUUUCCACUUGUACCUGGUGUCCAGAGGUCGGACCACCAACGAACAAGUAACUGGGAAGUUCCAGGGAGGAAUAAACCCUUUUACACGCGGCUGUUGCAGCAACAUGGAGUAUCUUGUCUGCAGCCCCUUGUCGCCGACCUACACCUCAAGGCCCUGCCAGAAAACGGCCGUCCACGUGCGCCCUCCGUUCCUGAGGCCAGAGGUCGACAGGCAGAUGCCGGGGAAAGUCAGGGGCAACGGGAUCCAAACUCUAGCGACACAAAAUAAGCAAUCCUCGGCUGGAGCUGUCGAGCUGUCAGACAUCAAACAGCUGAGAAACCCGCCGCCGCUGCCUCCGAAACCAGACCGCGGUCUGCUGAAGAGCCAAGUCGCUGUCAUGGAUGAUGUGGGACAUUACACCAAAUCCAUCAUUCCUGUUUCUAUCCCGACCGUGCCACAGCUACGGCCCGUUCUGGAGGCCAUCUCCAGGGGAUCCUCACCCAUUCCUCCAGAGCAGCUGCUGAAGGCAUCGGAGCAGCAAGUCACCAGCAAAGGUCCCGACCUCUGCUCCGACUCCAGAGAAAGCCCCGUGAGAGGCAGCGUGUCCGUCCAAGCUGCCCUCCAGCCCUGUACGGUCUCCAGCUCCCUGCAACUCAACUCGCUGACGCUCAGCUCUCGCGGCCUCACCCUUAAACACGGCAGCCGCAAUGGAAGCAAGACCCAGCUUCUUUCGAUGAACCCCGACGGGCUGGGAUCCAACUCGCCUGCUGGGAUCCUCACUGGUUCUAGUUUGCUGGCCGGCCAGUGCAGCAGCAGCGGCGGUAGCAGCAGCAACAAACCCUCCUAUGAUAGCCUUGUCAACCCUGCAGACCCUCAGCUCAUGGCCCACAGAGGGGCUCCUGCAGUCAGCUAUCACACUCACUUCAUGGCCCUGGGCUCAGACGGCGCCGUGCAGCGUCCGCCCCCUCACUCCUACAGCCCUGUGUUCAUGGGAGUCGCCAGACAGUCUCCGCAACCCCGAGAAUCCGCUUCCAGGGAUCCCUCGCCGUCUUUGCCGGGUUUCCUUCAGAGAGACUCCUCUCCCGCCUAUCACGGACUCAUCACGAGAGACCUCCAGUCCCAGAGCGUAGCGUCACGGGACGUGCCCCCUCCGGGUCUGGUGAUGCGAGACGUGACCUCUCAGGGCCUUCAGGACAACCUUAGGGAUCUCUAUCCGCACGACGCGGCGCUCCCGAUGUCUGCGGCCGCGCGCUACGACAACUUCUCGAAAACAAUCAUGGCCUCCAUCCAGGAGAGGCGGGAGCAGGAGGAGAGGGAGAGGAUGGUCCGCGUCGGCGCCAGAUCCCAGGUGCUCUACGGCCCGGACGUCGGGAUCUACGACAUCCCCAGCAGGAGGAGUCUGCCGCCGGACAACGGUCGACCGCCGGGUUCCCGCGGGCCGACACCCCCGGCCUACGGCUCCAGGGAGUUCCUGAUGAGCACGGGCAUUUUGGGGUACGGCAUGAGGACCUCGCCUCUCUCCUGCUCCUCCACCUCGUCUCUCACCCGCGGCCCGAAGACCUCCAGCUCCCCUCUGCAGAGCAGCAGCAGCAGCCUGCAAAGCAAGGGGCGCUCCUCUUCCCCCGCCUACUGUCCUGCCGAGAGACACGCCCAGGCCCCGCCGUCCACCACCACUCUGCCCCGUCUGGCUUCCAGCGCCUACCCCGCGCCCCCGUACACGUCCUACGCCACGGCGAAGCGCUCCUCGCUCCCGUUCCCCUCUGAGGGGAAGGAGUCUGUCACCCUGGGAGCCCUGAAAUAAAAACAGAUUCCAGGUCUCUGACGGCGCGAGUGAAUCAUCUAUGCAGUGUUAGUCUCAGUUUCCUCAACUCCACAAUCUUUUGUAAAUAAGAGGCCAUUUGUGGCUCUCUUGUGUGGGAGAAUGUGUGGAAAUCAGAACGCAAGCAGGGAUGAACUUGGCAGUAUUUAUGCGACGGAAGAAGAAGAAGUGUGACUCUCAGGAUAUCUGUGCCUCCUCCUUUAUAGGCGAACAGGAAGCACUAAUUACUAAAUCAAUGCAGAAGAGCUAAAUAACAGAUACUGAUUGAAAAUUAUCUGUUUGUUUGAGUUUUGAUAUUGUAAACCAUUUGUCAAACCAUAUCAUCCAAUUUGUCUUAUACCCUCCCCAAAAAAAAAAACGGUCAAUAUACAUUUUGUAGUUAUUUCUACAAAUAAACUUAUUUUGUAAUUUC